AAAUCAUAACUGACCUGCCCGCCACAAACACACGCACAUAGUUUGGAGACAGACAGAACGAUGCUGGAGGCGAAGAGUCUGAGGAAGGCGGUGGUGCCCUCCACACUGAUAGAGCAUCCCUCUCCGGGAAAUCUUCAGUCCACUCGUCUCGCCCUCCAUGCUAGUGAGGACGGUUCUUCUUGUUGGGCCUACGUCGCCUCCAGUUGCCACGUUUACAAAAUCCAGAUUCCACUGGAAGAUUCUUUCAUGAGCAAAGGAAAAGAAAGCCUCCUGAUCCCUGUACAGACUCAGGUUACGGACUCUUUCAUAGUCAACCGCUGUCCUCAUCGUUCAGAGAUUCAGAGUAUAGUGCUAACAGAAGCUGAGAGCACUGGCUACUUAAUGUUGGGAAGCGUAGAUUCAUAUGGUCACCUUAUUGUAUCUAAACUAGAUACUGCUGGUAAAGAUGUUAACAGGCUCACAUAUUCCGUAUUGCCUCGAGAUAAUGGUGUUGGCGAAGGCAGUUGGGCAGGGCUCUGUUUCAGUCCAAGUCAAUGGUCUAUGGCUGCUGUAGCACGUAGCUUCUGCAAAACUGUUGAUGUUUAUGACCAGGAUAUCCAUGUCCGGACAUUACGUACACUCUCGUAUCCAUCCUCGUUGAACUUUAUACAAAAUCCGUGUCUUGUGAAUGAAAGUUCUAUAUUAGCCGUCACUGAAGGCUUCCAGCUGACUAUAUGGGACUUGAGAAUGAAAGAAAACGGCGGUUGUAUACAGCGAGUCUGUGGUACCCCUGGUGAUAUCUUGUAUGCUGUCUGCAGUUCUUCAACUGGUAAUAUUGCUGUGGGUGGAGCUGAUCGUACUGUGACCAUCUAUGAUCCUCGCAGAUGGUCAGCAUUAUCAAGAUGGGUGCACUGCUCAAAAUAUGAGAUAACCGGGCUUGCUUUUUCAUCAAUUGAUCCUGAUCAUAUCUUUAUACAAGGGGUUGACUAUGAGGUUUUUUGCGGACACUGGAAAGAAAGCAACAAGUUGUUUUCAUUUAGAGGAGAUUCAAACUGGCUUGGGUUUAGCAAGUGCUCCAAAAGGGAUGUUUUAGGUGGAUGGUGCGACUCUGGUAGCAUCUUUGUGGCUGAUGUUGUAGCUAAAGAGAGUGAAACAAACACAUUGAAAGGUUUUGUCAAUGGGUUUCCCUAGUAUUCAGUCUUCUCAUCUAUUUACAUGGGACUUACUAGCAUGAUUUUAAACUUAUACGAAUCCUGUUAAAUCGACUUCCGCAUUAUAUCUGCAAGCAGUCAUUUCAAGCAGCCACCACUGCUCCAGUCAAGCUGUUUGAAAAAAUGAUCCAUUUUUUCCUUGCAACAUGUAUUUUAAGCAGUGUAUAUUUAUUCUGCAAUUUUGACUUUGACAAAGAAAAGCAUACGCUCUUGGCAUGCUUGUCUACAUCACAGCAAGGCUAAGUCCUUUGUAUCUUAUUAUUUCCACAGAAUUCACCAUUGAAAUGUCUAGAUAGUAAAAUUAAAUUUAAAUUAAUGGCUGAGUCAACUAGGGAAUUCUUUGGAUUCAGCUUUUGUAAUUAUUCAAUCAGAAGAAAUCUAUCUCUGCCUGGAGAAGUCCAGGGCUUUCUUGCUUUGGUUA